GCUGGUCUAGAGGAGAGAGGACAGAUGUUGUCUAGACAGGUUGUUAAAGUAGAGCUAAGUGUGUCUGUGUGUCUGUUUACAUCAAGCAUGGAAAAAAAUUCAGUUCAACUCAACACAAACCGCUUGUGGGUUUGUUUAGGUUACUUACAGUUACAGUACACCAACAUGCAAAUGGAGUGACAAACACACACACAAAUGCAAAUACACAGGUUCUCACACAAUUAGUAAUGCAUAUAUACCUGCUGUAACUGGUUCGAUUUGUUCUUCAACCAGAGGAAAACCUCUUUGCAUUGUUCAGGGAGUAAGUGGGGCAACGAUUAAAUCUGGGGUCCAAGGCAAGCAGAUAAUUCUGUUCCUCUGUGUAUCUGCUUAAGGAUGGCUGUCUUCAUGUUAGCUAUAGUUGUAGAGUAUUUCUCGUCAUGUUCUGUUCGAUCGUGGACUUCAAGGGCACAAUGAGUGACAGGGUGGCGCUCUUUUCAUUAGACAGGACGGUGGUGACUUUUUUUCAGCGGUUUAAGAAGGUUUACUAUUUCUUCGGCAUCACUGAUGUCGGCGCUAUCCAGAGUAUCGAGUUGAUGGGCAUUUUUGCGCACCUCUGUGCUCAAGAUGGCUGACGUUAUAGCCGCUUGUUGCUCGAGAUAGCGUUCCAGCAUUUCCAUUGAACUGUUCCAUCGUGUAGAAACAUCCAUGAUAAGAUUAUGUGAUGCGAUCAAGCAUCUUUUGAGCAGCAGCUGUUGCUGUGGCACUGCGGUGAGAACAGACCAAUAUAUAACUCCUUUUCCACUUUGCAUCUUGAAAUCUCCUUGGCGAUCAUGAUUUCAGGCUCGAUUACUAGGGCUGUAACGAUACGCGAACCGCAACCGAAAAUCGCGAUACAAACAUCCACGAUCCUGUGUCACGGUUCCUGAAGACCGAACCGCGACACACGCCCCUCUCCAACCCCAGAAGCCUGCCAACAGUUACAGAUGCAGCCCCUUGAGCUCUUUACACACACUACAACAAAAUUCGAUCACUUCUGAAGACAUGGAUUAAACCACUGGAGUCGUGUGGAUUAUGUUUAUGCUGCCUUUAUGUGCUUUUUGGUGCUUCAAAGAUCUGGUCACCAUUCACUUGCAUUGUAUGGACCUACAGAGCUGAGAUAUUCUUGCAAAAAUCUUCGUUUGUGUUCUGUGAAAAAGUCUUAAACAUCUGGGAUGGCAUGAGGGUGAGUAAACGAUGAGACUUCAUUUUUGGGUUAACUAUUUCUUUAAGUUGACUUUUUCUUUUAUUAAUUUCUCAAGAAUAGUGAACAAUGAUACAAAUUUAACAAAUGCAUAAAAGAAAAAUAUGAAUAGACUGUCCACUUCCUGUUGUCCCAGGGCAAAAUAGUAAGCCUCAAAACUGGACUCAUGGCAAAACAUUAAUUUAUGACACAAUUAAAGCUUCCAUAAGCACACUGUUAUCUAUUAAAUGAUAUUAUAUGAUGGGAUUUUAAAAAAAGCUACUGUUGAACCUUUGAGCCUUUUUCCAUAAGCCAGUCAGUCUUGAUUUUCUUGUCAGAAGAGUAAAAAUUAACCAAUAUUGCUUUAGGUGGUGAAGAAAAGGAGGCUAGCCACAUUUGUUUCUGGAAGGGCUGGAUGCAUAACACAAACUCAAGUCUGGGAGUGGCCUUGAAGUUUCUGCCCCCUUUGGAGCAUCUACAAAAGGAGAAAACGCCCCAGCCUAGAACUCAACUGAUACUUCACCUAACCAGCCUCUGAAUGCCUUUCCAAAAACAGAGACCGAAUCUCACACCUGUAGCUUAGGGUAGCCCUCUGAGAAGCAGAUGAGAAACAAAUCUUACUGGGAAGGGAAGAAGAGUAAAAGAAGGUAAUGGCCAAUUUUAUAUUACGGAAAGCCGAGCCCAAGGACGUGUCUGACAUAUUGCGACUCAUAAAGGAACUGGCAAAGUAUGAGAAAAUGGAGCAUCAAGUUAUUCUAACUGAAAAAGAUCUCUUGGAGGAUGGUUUUGGAGAUCACCCCUUUUAUCACUGUGUAGUGGCUGAAAUAGCCAAAGAGCAACAGAGUGCUGACGGUCAUGUGAUCGUUGGCUUUGCCAUGUAUUACUUCACCUAUGACCCCUGGAUUGGGAAAUUGCUCUACUUGGAAGACUUCUAUGUUAUGAAGGAGUUUAGGGGUUUAGGUAUUGGGACUGGAAUCAUGAAGAAACUGAGUCAAGUGGCGGUCAGGACUCGGUGCAGUGGUAUGCAGUUCAUCGUGGUGGAGUGGAACAAAACCUCCAUUGAUUUCUACAAGCGGCGCGGAGCUUUAGAUAUCUCCCUGGAGGAAGGAUGGCGGCUCUUCAAGAUUGACAAACAGAACCUUCACAAGAUGAUGCACGAUGAGUGAGCAGGACGUUUGGACAGGAGGAAGUUUACAAUGUCUCAGACUAAUGUUCAUUUGUGUGUAUAGUUUAGUCUAUGAGAGUUAAAAGAGUUGUCGUUUUAGGGUCUUUCUACUUCCAAUUUAGUGCACUGUUGUUUAUAUUAAUGUGUCUUUUCAUCCUCACUAAUAUAUGAAAAAUCCAAUAGAAAAGUUCAUAUUUGCCAAUGUAUAUUUUUUCAUGUAAGAUCU